AUGCCUACGCGUGCCGCCGUGAUGCCAAACUUGAAGUGGCAGCCUCAGCUUGGGACGGUCUGCAAAGCCUGCCGCCGCCAGCGACAACUCCGGGCACGAGCCUUCCCUCCCCGUCGUUGGUACGCAACGCCUGUGACAACUGCCAAAGACUCCAAGGACGGCGAUGGGCGAGAAAAGGUGGUUAUCUUGGGAAGUGGUUGGGCAGGGUUCGUUCUGUCACGCAGACUGGAUCCAAACAAGUAUCGCAUAGUGGUCAUCUCGCCGCGGUCAUACUUUGUAUUCACUCCUCUACUCAACGAUACCUGUGUCGGCACUCUUGAGUUUCGGAAUGUGCUCGAGUCAGUGAGGAAGAGAAACAGAAGAGUGGAGUACAUCCAAGGAUGGGCUGACGACCUCAACUUCGCCGACAAGACUGUCACGGUUGAGCCCUCCGUGUUGGACCCAGACGUAGGUCAUGCCUUGACCGGACCGCGUCAACCAAGUGAACAACAGUCCAAUCCAUACGGGUAUGCCCUCCCUGAGGGAUUCAUUGAGAAGGAUGUGAAACUGGGCGGAACGGGGAAACAACAGGCGCCGACAUUCCCCGUCAGCUACGACAAGUUGAUCAUUGCAGUCGGUACGUACAGCCAGACGUUUAACACCAAAGGUGUGCGGGAGAAUGCGUACUUCCUGAAGGAUGUCGGAGAUGCGGUGGCCAUCCGGCGGAGGAUCUUGGAGCUGUUCGAACUUGCACGGUUGCCCAUUGUACCGGAAGAGGCAAAGAGAUAUCUGCUCCACUUCGCCAUUGUCGGCGGUGGUCCGACAGGCAUGGAAUUCGCGGCCUGUCUAUCCGAUCUGAUCAGGGAAGACAUAUCACGCAUUCAUCCCGAACUCCUCAAAUACAUCCGGAUCAGCCUCUACGAUGUUGCGCCAAAGGUCUUGCCGAUGUUCGACGCCGCACUAGCAGACUAUGCAGUCAAGCAGUAUCGACGGCAGAACGUCGAGAUCAAAACCUCACAUCAUGUGGAGGAGCUACGGAAAGGGUUCCCGAAUGAUCCAGAGGCGGCCAAGAAUCAGGACAAACAAAUGCCCAGUCGCGUGUACACCAUACGAACGAAAGAAGAAGGCGAUGUCGGCAUUGGAAUGUGCGUCUGGAGUACAGGGCUGAUGGCCAAUCCUUUCGUGGCAAAGGCCCUCAGCCAUGUGCAACGGUUUCCUUCCAACUCGGCUCACAUCUACCAAGGGAAAGUGGCAGAUCCCACUCAGCGUCAGUGGACGAUCCAACGGGAUAGUCGCUCCGGGUCUAUCCUCGUAGACGACCACUUUCGCGUCAAUCUUGCCGCUCAGGCUACCGACGGCGAGCCCGAAGAUUUUGUCCCCAAAGCAUACAUGAAAGACGUCUUUGCGGUCGGCGACACCACAAAAUUGAUGACCGGUGCUCUUCCGGCCACAGCGCAGGUGGCUAACCAAGAAGCCCUAUGGCUGGGAAAUGCACUCAAUAAGCAUCCGGACCCUGAAUCGUUCGCUUGCACCCCUGGCUUCACAUUUAGGAAUCUCGGCGUUUUCACCUACGUGGGAGGGGCCAAUGCUGUGCUGCAAGGACCUAACACCGAUCGCGAGGGCAUGGCCAAGGGCCUGAAAGGCUGGAUUGCUUUCUUGCUUUGGCGCGGCGCUUAUCUCACCAUGACUCUGAGUUGGAGGAACAAGUUUCUUGUACCGAUGCAGUGGCUGGCUGUCAAGUGGUUCGGGAGAGACAUCUCGAGGUUUUGA